AAUGGUAUACAAGUCAUAUAAAAUACACAAACCACUGAACUGCCUUUUUUUUUGACGCCCGGAGCGUCAUUUUGCGCAUGUGUCUCCAGUCUGUUGUUUAAAUUUCUUACGGACCGCUUAAACCCGGGGGGUGGGGACAAAGUGUAAUAUUUUCGGAAUAAAAUCGUCAGACUGAUGAUUGCAUACUCCACAAGUGUACCUGGUGACCCCUUGCGCAUGAGGUGGAUCCCCCCGGAUGCAUUUCUGUUGAACUCUGAAGCAGUUUACCUGUGGCAUCCAGAGUUUAACAUCUCACUGCAACUAAAACUCAGGAAGUGUACUGCACAUGACGGCACCAAACCAACCUCACCUUCCUGUAAUGCUGGAGUGUAAUACUCAGAAACUAACACUGUGAUACUGCAAAUGUUACCAUGUAAAAAGAUUUUCAAAUUAGAUUGUUGAAAAUAAUACUAGUCCGAUACUUUAUAGAUUUUCUACAAGUGAAGUAACACACAAUACCUCAAUAUAAGCCUUCUUACCCAGUUACACACAAAUACACUCAUGCUGACCACCAUGACGUACCGCAUGCCAAACUUCACUCUGGAGCAGAAGCUUUUCCUGCUUCGGAGAAUUCAUGCGGUGGUGGACACAGUCCAGGACUUUCGGAAAGACACCAACACUACUGUACACCGGAACGCUGUAUGGGCAGAGCUGGCCCAGGCCUUCAAUGCAGCGUUCCCUAGUCGACCCCCCAGCAGCAUCGGCUCUCUGAAGACACUGUGGAAACGGCUGAAGGUGGAAUGUCGUGUUGCGCUGCAGAAGCGACAGGAACAGCAGGCAGCUGGGCUUCCUGUGUCUGCCCUCUCUCAGGUGCAGAGAGAAGUGAUUGGGCUGGUACCGAACCUCAUCUCCUGUCUGGAGGAGGUAGACGGAGAUGGCAGCUAUGUCUCGGUUAGGGGUAGCUCACCUGGAGCAGUGAUGGGGCUUUCAGGCACUAAUGGGAGUGAGCACGAAGACGCUGACCACAGUCAAAAUGAUGAAGUAGACAGCAAGGAGAACUUAGCUAUUGAACUUGGAUUGGUCUCACAGACUCACCCACCUGUUAACUCUGGGAUUCCUCCUGGCACUGCCUCCUCUCCUCUCCACUCUCAUUCAGUCUCUUCCAGGUCCAGCCGUCCCUCCCUCAUCUACCAAACUCAUGCAGGAAGCACCUCAGGGCUGGGAUCAGGGACUCGGGUUACAAACUUUGAUACCCCACACAGAGAGCCUGUGAUGCCACGUGCUCCUGCCGGAGGAGCAGUUGAGAAUUCAUUAUCGCAGAUGGACUCUUGUACCUCAAACCCGAAAUGGGAGGCACGUCGACAAGAACUGUUUGAGCUGGAGCAUCAGCAGACGAUGAGUCUGUUACUGCUGCAGCAGUGUGUGUGGGAGGAGAAGAGGAAAGCAGUGAGACAAAAGGAGAAGGCGGCACGGGCCAAGAAGAGAUAUUAUCAAGCCAAACUACGGAAGUUUGCCACAGAUCCUCCACCUUCUAGUAGUGACAGCGAGGAUAACGAAUAUCUACAGACUUGAACUCAGAUGUUUAUGGCAUCUUAGCUAUGUUUGCUUUCUUUUUUUGAAAGUCAUUUUUUAUUCUAGCAGUGCUGUUUAUUUACAAAACAGUAUGUUUUUUUAUUGUGGACUAAAUGUAAUUGGUGUUUAGGAAUGUACCAUGUGUAUCAUAUGGAGGGGGGAAUUCACUCGAGCAGGCUUUGUUAGCCAAUACAAAUCUGAUUUCCUUUCAUACUCUCUCUCAUCAACACUAAUGCUGCAUUCCAUUCAGUCAAAAGUGGGAUAGUUAAAGGGAUAAUUCACCUGAAAAUUUAAAUUCAUUAUUUACUCACCCUCAUAUUGCUCCAAACUGUGUGACUUACUUUCUUCUGUGCCAUACAAACUAAGGUUUUAAAAAAAAUGCUUCAGUGUUUACAUUGUCCAUACAAUAGAAGUAAAUGGAUCCAGUGUUUUUGAAAAAAGUUGAAAUAUUUCUCAAAAUAUCUUCUUUUGUAAGAAAGUAAUUCAUACAUGUUUGGAAAGAGAUGAGAAGUAAACGACAACAGAAGGUAGAUUAUAACACUUAAAGAAUCAAAUCGUAAUGCUAAUGUUAGCAUCGCAAUUGUCAACAAAGAAGCCUUUUAGCAUCCAAUUUUCCCAGCAUUUGUUUAAAAUGAUACAAAUUAUCAAGAUGAAAGCUAAUUUACCAUUUUUUACAAGCCUGCAAGGUUUUAUUAUAAUGUAAAUACUUUGACCUGUUAAUUAAUUGAAUUUGCUUAAAAGAGUGAAUGAUUAUCCUGUCUCUCUGGGUCUCGUGUUUAAGUGAUAUCAUAUAAAAAAAACAACCGAAAAUCUUAUGUUAGGGAAGUAUUCCAAAUGGAAGAUUGGUGAUUUAGAGUGCAAUAGUUGAACACAUCCAUCUAGUGCAUGUUAACAAUGAAAGCUAUAGUUGAACACAUCCAUCUAGUGCAUGUUAACAAUGAUAAAGCAGCGCAGUGGAAUGUGCAGCCCAAAACCCUCGCCCAGUCAGGCCAGAACUGAGCAGUGAGGAGACGUUUAGUCCUGAUACUUGUGCUUGAUGAGAAGAGGAAAUGAACUGAAAUGAGAUUUCUGAUGUUACUGUAUAGCAUUUUAAUUUAAUGCUUGUGGAUCAAACCAAGGACUGAUUAAGGUUCUCCAAGGCCCCUGUUUGACGCUAUAUGCAUUACAUUACAAACAUUAAAAAUGACUGUGAUAAGAAAUUACACUGCAAAUAUGAGGUGAGAAAACAUACAGAAGAUGCAACAUUGCAACAGCUAUGUGUGGAACACAUUUCAGGGGUCAUUGCCAGUCCAUAAUCGAUCCUUGGUCCAACUCAUCGGACAUACGUCUUCAGGACCAACCUAUAGAUUCAGUUCACUGUAGCUCUUUUAUACUAUGCAGGUUUUUUUCAGGUAAUUAAGCGCUUCUCUUAAAGUGACGAGAGCUUGAUUUUAGUUCAGUGUUGUUGAUUUACUUGUCUUAGUAUAUACUGUUUGGGAACAGAACACCUUGUUUUUUUAUUUUUAAAAUAUGAAAAUCGUAAAGGUAUAAAAUGGAAAUUCUUUCAUAAUUUUCUUUCCUCAUUAUGUUCCAAACCAUGGUUCCAUGUUAUAUUAUAUAAAAUCAUUCAAAUUUUGAAAAACAUGAGGGUGAGUAAACAGUACUUUCAUUUUAGAUGAACUGUCAUUUAAGGAAUGUUACAACAGUAGACUGGAAAUGUAGUGUGUUAACCAGUGAAACAGAAUGUUAGACUGAAUUAAACUAGUGAGAACCUUCCACUGUAAAAGCAGAUGUAAAAUUUACAUUUAGAUGUAAUUUCAUUUACCUGAAAUUCAGAAGAAUGUGUAAUGUGAUAAACAAGUUACUUUUUUUAACCAUAGAAGUGUGUGUCUUGAAUAUUAAAAGACAUACACAAG